UCCGUGAUUCAGCUGUCUGCUUCCCCCUUCGCGAGCAGUCGGAGCGCUACAAUUGUCAGUUUCGUUAGUGUGUCCCUAUUUUUUAAACGUUUUUGUUUUCGGCUCCAUGUUGAAGUUUUUGGAAGCAGGGGACUCACAGCCGCAGCACACUGUGUCCACACUCACACAGGACGCACGCAGACUCACGCGCACAGACCUCGCCUGAUCUGCACCAGCGCGGGUCACUUCAGGUUAAACCCCGCUGUGUCCCGUCCAGUCCAGCCGACGGAGACCUACACUGCUUCCAGUUGAGGAGGAAUACACAGCCACUGGAACUCCAUAUCAUAUUUGGAUACGAGCUUCGUCUUGCAUAUGCGGAGCUGCCUCUGUUACAUCUAUCGUGCACGCUGAGCAGAACUUGGGAGCCAGACAUUUCUCCAUUCUCUGUGUAGGAGCAGCUGAGAUUGACCCUAAAAUGAGAGUAGCUGGUCCACCUUAAAGGUGUUUCUCUCGGGGAGCUCAGCAGCUCCUCAGCGCUGCCUGGAGUCAGACUUCACCACUUCCUCUGGUAGAUACCCAGAUGUCUGAGGAGGCUCUGAGGAUGACGUCUUGGCCUUGAACCCCACCAGUAUGUCAGAGCCAGCAGAAAAUUGCUCCCCCCACUGGAAAGAUGAGGCCAUUCAAAAUGGGUACAUACCAAGUUACCUGGACAAGGAUGAGCUAUGUGUAGUAUGCGGGGACAAAGCUACAGGCUAUCACUAUCGCUGCAUUACCUGUGAAGGUUGCAAGGGUUUCUUCAGGAGAACCAUCCAGAAGAAUCUCAACCCGACCUACGCUUGUAAGUACGAAGGGAAAUGCAUCAUCGACAAAGUGACCAGAAACCAGUGCCAGGAAUGUCGCUUCAAGAAGUGCAUUGCGGUGGGAAUGGCGACCGACUUGGUGUUGGACGACAGCAAGCGGCUGGCCAAGCGGAAGCUAAUCGAGGAGAACCGGGAGCGCCGUCGGAAGGAGGAACUGCAGAAGACGGCAUGGGACCGACUGGAGCCCACCCAGGAGGAGUGGGACCUCAUCCGUAUGGUUACUGAGGCCCAUAUGGCCACGAACGCCCAGGGCAACCACUGGAAGCAGAAGCGGAAAUUCCUGGUCGAGGAAGCUAUGCUUCUUAAUGAAAUAACAUGUAAUUUAUUCUAUACUUCUGACCAGAGUGCAGCGGGGGUGAAGGAAACUAAGCCUGAGGAUAUUGGUCAAGCGCCCAUGGUCAAUACACCAGAUGGAAACAAAGUGGAUAUAGAAGCCUUCAGUCAGUUUACAAAAAUUAUCACCCCUGCCAUAACCCGAGUGGUGGACUUUGCCAAAAAACUGCCUAUGUUUUGUGAGCUGCCUUGUGAAGACCAGAUCAUCCUGUUGAAAGGCUGCUGCAUGGAGAUCAUGUCACUGCGAGCUGCCGUUCGCUACGACCCGGAGAGCGAGACCCUCACGCUUAACGGGGAGAUGGCGGUCACACGCGGUCAGCUUAAGAACGGGGGCCUGGGUGUAGUGUCGGAUGCCAUCUUCGACCUUGGCGUGUCACUGUCCUCCUUUAACUUGGAUGACUCUGAGGUGGCUCUUCUACAGGCUGUCAUCCUGCUUUCAUCUGAUCGUCCGGGCCUGAGUAGCGUGGAGCGAAUCGAACGCUGCCAAGAGGAGUUCCUGAUGGCCUUUGAACAUUACAUCAACUACCGCAAACACAAAUUGGCGCAUUUCUGGCCUAAGCUGCUAAUGAAGGUGACGGACCUGCGGAUGAUUGGCGCCUGCCACGCCAGCCGAUUCCUUCACAUGAAAGUGGAGUGUCCCACUGAGCUAUUCCCUCCUCUCUUCCUGGAGGUCUUCGAGGACUGACCAAUGGAUUUUUUUUUGUUGCGUGUGUGUGUGCAUGUAUGUGUGUGUACGUGUGUCUGUGUGCACACGUCAGCACCUGGGCACCCUGGUGGUCUCAGGGGUGGAACCAGCAGAAGGCCCGUCACAAUGAACUUUCCAUUAGCACUACUGAGUGUCACUUCAUUCCAUAGUUUAGGAGUAGCUCUCUGGUCUAGUUUUGAAUGGAACCAUUCCUUACAGUGCGGGUACAUGUGAAUAGCAAUUUGCUCUUUUUUUUUUUUUGGACUUUGUUUUGUUGUUGUUGUUGUUGUUGUGGAUAUAACCUCUCACCUCGGAUUUUACUAUAGAUUAUAUUUUGUGUUGAUGAUUGUACAGUUGGCAUAACGGUGAUCUUAUUGACACCUGCUCAUUAGAAACCAUGCAAAUGUAUUUUCCUUCAUGUUGAAAAACUCAAAAAUGGCUGCUCACCUGACACAAAAUAAGACAUUUUUUAGUGAUCGGUCAGCCUUUCCCCUGACCUGCUCGACUUUAUCGGACCCAUUUGUUGGUUAUUAUAUUAACUGUCAUAUAGUCAGUCAUCCAUCUGGUGAGGAGUCUCUGAGCUGUUCAGUGCCUCGCCAUCAUACUGUGACCUGAGACAGCGACACACACUCUAAUAGACAACAACUUACAGGUCUUUGUAAGUCUCUUGGUAGCCACACGUCACAACAUUUAGUCACAAUGCUGCGUUUCAGAGAUGUUCGUAAAAAUCGGAAUUUUGCAACUGAAGAGCAGUUGCAAAAUUCAAAGAGAGAAACCUGGGUAAGAUUGUUGCUGAAUGAACGUUUCUGAUUUUUUUUUUUAGUUUUACAUCACAUCCACAUGGCAGCAGACACUUUUAAAAGUGCACAAAUAUACUGUUAAACUUGUUUUUAAUCCUAUAAACACACUGAGUCUGAGUAUAAAUCUGCCCAGUACUUACCUUUGUAGUAAGUAGUUUAAAGGUUGCAAUACUAAAAUACUCACAAGCAGUGCUAAAUAUGAUGGACAAUAUUAGCUGUUGUGUUAUGGCAGCAUGUUAGGGCCAUUUCAGAAGAAAAGAAAUGAUCUUUUUUUACCACCAAAAUGAAAGAUAGAGAU